AUGGCCGACCGGAGAGGCGUGCGUGCUUCAAGCCGCCGCAGGACAGCCACCCCGCAACUGCCAAACCAAGUACCCACCACCCAGCCCCAGCCUACACGCGCACCAAGAGCCAGGACUUUGCGCAGCGCAAGUCGCGAUCUCAAUGAGAGUCUAGACGUGCAAAAACCGACUCGCCGAAGUGCCCGACAGGCAAGCGUCACCUCUGUGACCAACGACAGUGACCUGGAAACCAAAAAAGCGGCGCGCAGGACCAGACGGAAGCCUGCCAAAGAAAUCCCUGGAGAUCUUGCGCAGGCCUCAUGCGCGUGGAUAUGCGCCACACUGGUCAUCAAAGCUGAUAGAAACACCCCAGACCUCACUACAGUCGAGGAACUGGACACGACCCAGACCGCGAUUGAAGAGCUCCAUCAAGUCCCUGCCACGCCUCCAAAGCUUGCGCCCGAAAUACCUGUCCCAUUCCGCUCACCUGGUGCCCUCUCCGAGAUGUCGGGCACUACCGCCAUUUCCUCCUUCAGCAUGGUCGAAGCCGAGUUCCUAGAGCCCAAAUACAUCCUCAAGCAUUUGCCCAGAUUAUGCGACUCCACCCUGGCUUUCUUGGACCACCUUGCGCCUGACGGUGCUGACAUGCACGAGGAUUUGAUAAACAUUCGCGAGCUCCAGAAGCCAGAAGCCGAAUUUACCGAGGACUACCGAGACCUUGAUGCCGUGCUCAAUGUGUAUCUGAGGCAUUACAAGAACGAGGAAAACACGUACAUACAUAUUCGCGCUCUCCAUCGCGCCCUCUUUGGACCCAACAGAGAUGUGGUAGCGGCGCAAACUGGCUUGGACCUGAUACUCUAUCUCACCAAUGCACUCAUAUUUCUCAAGCAAACCAUCUACUCGGCCCGCAACUCAAAGGAAACUUGGGACGCUCUCCGACAGCUUGACAACUCCUUUCCCAGCCAAUUCAUGCGCUCCCUCAUUGCCGGCGCAAGUCCAACAGCUGGUGGAGAUUCUGGCCUGUUCAAGGAGACGUUUGAGCUCGCGCUAGAGCUACGGACACAGCUUGCCAUUUUGGUACUUGCGCGCCAACGAGCUGGUGACAGUCCUGAUGAGAUGAUUGAAGAGGUAUUCUUGCGUCGAGACGCUUCCACGGCAGAUGAUGUCUCUGUUCUGCGCGGCUGGAAUGUUCCAGCGCUAGGAGGGGACGAUUCCUCGUUGCCACAAGAACUCGAAGCGCAAGUUUUCAGCCGAUGCGAAGAGAUCAGAGACGCUUUUCUAGUUGGCGACAAAUCUCCGGGCGAAGCAGUUACCUUCUUGGAAGAGCAAUUUCCGUGGGAGCCAACCAUUCUGCGACUUAUACAUUGGGUUCGUCUGCGACGCAUGGAGUUGACCAAUGCUAUCGAAGAGCUCGGUGGUCCUGCAGUCAUUCAGCGCUACAUACAACAGGCCAUCGAGGAGACCGACUCCGCCACAGAGAGAGCAGACGUCGCCCAAGCUGCUCCACUACUGCCACGCAAGAAGCGGAAAUCUUUUGGCAGAGACAAAAGGCGUACUAAACGUAAAUUUGAUCCGAAUGCCCCUCUAGAUGUGAAUGCCAUUGAUGCACUAAAGGCAAGGGAACGAACAUCGGGUUCUUCGUCUGGUGUCGAUAUCAUACCGCAGCUUGAGGAGGAUAUUACCGAGCCCAUGAUUAGGAAUGACCAGGAUGACAACGAACCUAAAGCAGAAGAGCAACAGAUUGAGGAGGUAGAAGACAGGGUUAUGGACCCGUUUGCUGACGGCAAUGACAAUGCGACCUUGGUUGGAGAGAGUCAGCUUGAAGUCCCCAAAGAGCAGGAGCCGGUCCCACAACAGAUCGAGGAGGUGGAGGACAGGGGUUUGGAUCCGUUCGCCGACGGCAAUGACAAUGUGACCUUGGUCGGAGAGAGUCGGCAUGAAGUGUCCAAAGAGCGAGAGUCACAACAAAUCGAGGAAGCGGAAGAGGAAGCCGAGGAGCCAGCCACAGCCGGCCCACCACAGAACCCAGCAGAAUGGUACAAGGCACUCAAACAAGUCUCCCAACCACAGAAAGAGAACCGUCCUGUAAGAUCAAUAUUCGACCGACAAGAAAACGCUCGGAAGGUUGAAUUUGGCAAUGGAUUCGACGACGACUCUCAGCCAACCCCCGGUCCUUCGAAUACAGCAAAAGGCAAACAACCAGCACAGUCUUCUCCCAUGAAGCGUAAGCGGCCCGUCAUUCCUGACGACGAUUCAGAAGACGAGGUCUUCGAGACGCACGCCCGAGGCUCCCGCGUCGAACAACAACGACAAAAAGCCCCCGUCGCAAAACGCGUCCGCAUGGACCCCUCCUCCUCCUCCUCCGCCUCCUCAACCGCACCACCAAGUCACCAACCUCCGCCCUGCCCCGCCGAACCCACCUCCUCACUCCCGCCCCGCCGGCCCCUUUCCCUCGAAGAACGCAGCGCCUCCGUCACGAGGGAAUUACCGCCCCCAUCCUCCUACCAAGCCCAAUACCGUCUUGCGCAGGAGAACCAACGCUUCCAAGCCCGGAAGGCCGAGCGUAAAGUGCGCGAAGCCUGGUCUCCGGCCGAAGAAGAGGCGCUCAUGGAAUACAUGGCCAUGUUUCCUUCGCGGUUCUCCCAGAUCCUGGUCUUUGAUGCCUCGGAUGCUGGGUAUGGUGUGUUGCAAAACCGGACACAAGUGAAUUUGAAGGAUAAGGUGAGGACGAUGGCGGUUAAUAUGAUUAAGUGA